AUGUCACACGUGCAGCGCGCUGAUGCAGGGCAAUACCGCUGCAGGCUGAGUGUCAGUAACACCUUGAUUGAGUCAGACCCCAUUAAAGUUGGGGUCGAAGGCUUGCCAACAUUCACGAAACAGCCGAGUGAUGUGAAUGUGAUGAGGAAUACCCCUUUUGACCUGACCUGUGAAGCUGUGGGUCCUCCCUACCCUGUCACUAUCGUCUGGUUCCACAAUGGAGUCCGGAACAUCUCCGAACCCUCUCCCAGUACCAUUCGCAUCACGGGUGUACACAAGCCAACCCAAUACAGCUGUGAAGCGCAUAACUCAAGAGGUCUUGCCUUGUCCAGAGAGGCACACAUUAACAUCAAAGGUCUCCCAGAGCGCAUCACGGGUCUGGCUGUGACGGAGCAGAGCUCCAAUAGGCUGACCCUGAGCUGGACGCCGGGACACGAUGGCUUCUCUCCCCUCUCCCACUGCUCCAUCACGGUGCGUGAGCUCAGCAGAAAGGAGGGCAACCCCACCCGCGUGAUCAACGCCCCCGUGCCCCCCUUCCAGUACGACGUGACUGGCCUGAGAGCCAUGACCCCGUACAACAUGAGCGUGUCCUGCGGCAACGAGGUGGGCCACUCCCCGCCCAGCGCCUGGACCAGGACCAGGACUCCAGAGGGAGUGCCCUCCGAGCCUCCGCGGAACGUGUCUGUGCUGCUCAACGAGUCAGUGUUGGUCAUCCACUGGGCACCGCCGCCCACAGACAAGAUCAACGGGGUCCUGAAGGGCUACGACGUCAUCAUCAAGCAUGGCGUGAACAGCACACACAUGAACAAGAUUUCUAGCAGCUCCACGGAGGCCACGUGGGUCCUGUCUGCGUUCAACACGACCUACAGCAUCCAGGUGGCGGCACGCACGCAGGCGGGCAGCGGCGCUCUGAGCUCGCGCUUCUGGAUCCGGGUCAACCACUCAGCCUCGGGCUUGGCACCGUUUUCUCCCUUCGGGCCGGACAAGCGCGGCUCUGACUCGGUCUACGUGGUGCUGGGGGUGGUGUGUGGCAUCUGCCUGCUCCUCCUGGUCCUGUGGGCAGCCGUAUGCACGCGCAGCAGACUCCUGGAGACACGGCUGGGGCAGCUGUUCACCGAUGGGGGGAAGCUUCAGCCCACAGUUCAGUACAGACCCCAGAGGUCUUACAACCGCUCCGCCAUCGAGAUCACGCUAGCCAACCUGGGAGUGAGUGCAGAGCUGCAGGCCAAGCUGCAGGAUGUGAUGAUCGUGAGGAGCCUGCUGUCCAUAGGGAAGAUCUUAGGGGAGGGAGAGUUUGGGUCGGUGGUCGAAGGCCAUUUGAAGAAGCCAGAUGGAACUUCUGAGAAAGUAGCAGUGAAGACCAUGAAAUUGGAUAACUUCUCUCAGAGGGAGAUCGAGGAGUUCCUAAAUGAAGCCGCCUGCAUGAAGGACUUCCACCAUCCUAAUGUCAUUCGGCUAAUGGGUGUGUGUUUGGAGGUGGGCUCUGGCCAUUUCCCCAAACCCAUGGUCAUUCUGCCCUUCAUGAAAUAUGGUGACCUCCACAGCUUUCUGCUUCUCUCUCGUAUGGGGGAUAGUCCACUGUAUCUGCCUACCCAGACCCUCGUCAAGUUUAUGAUUGACAUCGCCUUGGGGAUGGAGUACCUGAGCAGCCGGAACUUUCUGCACAGAGAUCUCGCCGCGCGAAAUUGCAUGCUACGCGAUGACAUGACGGUGUGUGUGGCAGACUUUGGCCUGUCAAAGAAGAUCUAUAGUGGUGACUAUUACCGGCAAGGAAGGAUAGCCAAGAUGCCCGUGAAGUGGAUUGCUGUGGAGAGUCUUGCGGACAGAGUCUUCACGGUGAAGAGCGAUGUGUGGGCCUUUGCCGUGACCAUGUGGGAGAUUGCAACACGCGGCAUGACGCCGUACCCUGGAGUACAAAACCACGAGAUCUACGACUACCUCCUGGAUGGACACAGACUGAAGCAGCCGAAUGACUGCCUAGAUGAGCUCUAUGAGAUCAUGUACUGCUGCUGGCGGGCAGACCCUCUGGACCGGCCUGACUUCACCCAGGUGAGAGAGCUGCUGGAGAAGCUGGUGGAGAAGCUCCCGGAGGUCUCGAGCCGAGAGAACCUCAUCUACAUCAACACCAGCUUCCCCGAGGAGGACGCGGCGGGGGCGGCGGCAGGAGGUGCAGGUGCAGGUGCUGCGGAGCUCAAACUGGACAUGGAUCCGGUCUGCUGCUCAUCGCCAGCCUGCAGCCGCCAGACCAUGGACACGUCUGUCACCACCGCGGACAUUCACGAGGGGGGUGAGGAGGAGGAGGAGGAGGCAGGGGAUGAAGAUGAUCGCUAUGUCAUCGUCAUCUCCACGGUAGACCCUUUGGUGAGCAGCGUGCCGUCUGCCCUAGACACGCCGCUCUUGUCCAGGGAGGGCCGGGAGCAGGCCGGCAGUGACUCUGCUUCUGAGAGAAGGACAGAACAAGCCUCAGAUGAUACCAUGCACUUACUCUGAGGUGAUGAGUGAAAUGAUUGCGAUGGUCACUUCCCAUAAUAUCUGACAAGUUUGAAAACUUUAUGAAGGACGAUCAAUUAGUCCAUUGGUUGCGUAAAGUGACAAAAGAAGUUUUGUUGAUUUUCUUUUUCGCAUAGACAACUGUGAAUGCCUAUUGCCAGUAUUUUUGUUAUGUCAUCAGUGUUUUGAAUGGUUUGAAUGAUUGCAAAAUUCAAUAGGCAAUAAUUAUACCCACUAUUGCAAUGCAAGCUGCCUUCCUGUUACAUUCCUUUGGCUAUAUGUCAAGGGUGCUUUAUCCUGAUUGUGGGUAUCUUUUGUAUCUAUACUGAAAUUGUGUUUAUGUGUGAUCUAUGUGUAUAUAUUGUAUUUGUAUAGGAUUUGUAAAUAAGUCAUGUUAAGAUUCCUUUUCCCAUGCUCUACUUUUAUAAAGAUUACUUAAGUUGUUUUAAAUGCUUAAAACACGUGGAAAUAAUUAUAUUAUAUAAAAAUAUAAUAAACUGACCAAAUAUCAAGCAAGCCUGUGUAGGCUACCUUA